AUGGGCGUAGAGGCACCUCCUUCCAACCCUUCUGCUCAACCUGGCAUCACUAGAACCAGCGCUCGCGAUGCACUCUUGUCGAACGAGGACUUGUUGGACAUCAUCUUCGAGUUUGUACAGGAGGCCUAUGUCGAUGGCAAGGCUUUUCCGCAGACCUUUUCCUGCAACCAACAACUCCUCCACCUCGCGCUGACGCACAAAGGCUUUCGCGACUCGGCUCUGAAGGUCCUUUGGAGAACUAUCCCGGGCUUACUCCCGCUCUUCAAGCUGAUUCCAGAAUUCGAACGUAUCGAUGGCGUCUAUAUGUUUACCAACACAUUGGACCUGGACAAGCUCUCCUUCUACUACGCAAAGCACGUCAAGAGCAUCUCCUUUGCCGGUCAAGGCGAUAUCAUUUCACCCCUCGCAUACCAAGUGUGGCCUACGGUUUCAGGGCGGACUGAUAUACCCUUACCAACUCUUCGAAAACUCCGCAUCGACUGCUCCGCUAGUACUUGCGACUACGCCGGAGCGCUGUUCGUCGCGUCCACUGUACAACCUCGUCUCCUCUCGAUCGAAGUCGUCGGGAUGCACCCGACAUCAUCCACCUUCCUUCGGCAACUCAAUAUGACGCUUUGCCUUAGGCACCGCCAAGUAUUACAAGAAGUGACACUAGAAGGCGACCUUUCUGCGCAGCUCCUUCAGACCAUCCUCGUUCACCUUUGCUCAACCAAAGUCUCGCGACUUAAGAUCGACAUCCGUGGAGAAGCCGGUACUGCCUUGUUCAAAAAGGACAUCUUCAGCCUUCUGUGCCAUUUACCUAACCUCACCCACCUCUCGCUUAAAGCACCAGACGCCCCUUUAAUCCAAGAAACGGGACCACGUCCCCAGCUCGAGUUUCCACUCCUACGCACUCUCAGCUUCAACUGCACCCCUCCACUCGCAGCUUGUGCUCUCCACUGGAUGAUAUCCGCACCCAGCCUCUUAUCCGUCGAGCUUGAAACAUACCAAGGCACCUUCCUGCCCCUUCCAGAGACGAAAGACUGUCUCAACCGGUUCGUCCAGCGCGCAAUAGCCCACCCAACCGUCCCUUCUAUCCGAAUCACCCAACCCGGUCCCACGCCCUUGCACCUCCCCUUCCCAGCCGAUCUCGGCAUCUCCAAGAGCCCAACCAACCUCCAACACCUCUUCCUCGGCGUCCACGGGAUAUCCAAUACAUCAGCUUUCAUCGCCACUCUUGCGAGGAUUUGCCCUCGGCUUGUGUCGCUUGUUCUACCAGCGACCAGUCUAGACCCCUACUACAAGAAACCAGACUUGACAUCCCUCGCAGUCCUCGCAAAAGGCUGUCCUGACCUUCUCGACAUCCGCAUCUCCCUGCGACUACACCGCAUCACACCAAAAGAAUACUCCCCACAACACGGCUUCCCUGGGGAACGGCUGCUCAAGUCUGGCGCUGAAGCCGCUGGUGAGUCGAUAUCAAGCGGACAUCCCCUCAAGUCGUUAGGAAUUAGUGAUGCGGGAGGAGACCAACAAUUCGGUGUUACGGACUGUAUCUCAAUGGCACAAUACAUCCACCGGCUCUUCCCCAAGUUGGAUCGGUUGGAAGGGUACCGCGAUGCUGCGGGAGGGGGGUCUGGGCGGAAAGAAACGUUUGAGGCCUUACAGGAAUUGAUUUCGGUAAUGGGGAGGUUAAUUUUGUCUCAAGGGGUAUAA